AUGCAUUUCCUACCCGCCUUCCUCCUCUCCCUCCUCGCACUCCCCACCACCACCCUCGCCGCCACCACCACCACCACCACAUCCCUCUCCCCACCUCUCCACACCGCAACCCUCCACGCCCUCCCCGUCGCCCCGACCCCCUCCAAACCCCACCCCCUAGCCAUCCUCACCUACUCACCUCACCACCCGCACCUCUCGACCCUCGAAUCAUUCACGCCGCCCGCAAACACCUCGGACCCCGACGCCCUCACCAGCGUGCUCCUGUACCUCGACGGCCACGUCGGAGGGGAGAGGUACAGAAGCAGCGUCACGGCGACGUACGGUUUCCACGCGCCGUAUCGAGGGCGCUUUAGGCUGGUGCUCGAUUCGAAGGGGGAGGCCGUGGGGGCGAGUUGGCAUUCUUGUUUGUCGAAGAGCGCGCCGGCGGCGGGGAAGGGGAAGGGGAAGGGCGAGAGUGGGGGGAAUGCGAGGGGGGAUUUCGAUGUCCUGACUACGAAGCCGGCGCCGAGGGUGGUGUUUGAUAAACCGGCGAAGGGGAAGGGGGGAGCUACUGCUGCGGGUGCAGGGGCGGGGGUGGGGGGGAAAGAGGGUGAGGAGGAGGAGGUGGUGGAGAAGACGUUGUUGCAGAAGUGA